AUGGCGAAGGAGCUGACAUUGAAUUAUGGCAGGAAGAUCCCACAGAUAGGACUGGGCACAUCUCGGAUUCCCAAAGAUAUUUUAGAAGACACUGUUUGCCUAGCGAUACAGAAAGGGUAUCGGCAUUUUGACACUGCAUUUGCCUACCAAAAUGAGGUCGAGAUAGGAAAAGCACUCAAGCGGACGUUUGAGGACGGGGCGGUGAAAAGAGAAGACGUGUUCAUCACAUCAAAGUUGAGUGGCUACUACCAGGCCGAGGAAGAUGUAUAUUCCGCCUGUACCGAGAGUCUUCGCCGUCUCCAACUCGACUAUGUCGAUCUCUUUCUUAUCCACUCACCAUUAUCUCUCAAGAAUCCAGGAUAUUUUGUCACAAAGCGUGUUGACACCGGUUAUUUUGCAAGGGAUUUAAAGUCAACCUGGCGGUCCAUGGAAGAGUUGGUGUUUUCAGGGAAGGCUAAAUCAAUUGGUCUGUCCAACUUCAACUCACAGCAAAUUGAUUAUAUAUGCGACGGGGCAAGAAUUAAACCAGUUAUUAAUCAAGUCGAACUUAACGUUCGUUUUCCUCAACAUCAACUCCAGCGGUUCUGUGGAGAACGAGAUAUCCUGCUAACGGCGUAUGCUCCUAUGGGCUCUCCAGGUCAUCCAAGCUUGCAGAAUACUGUCGAGGAAAAAGUCCCUUUACUCCAGGAUCCCAUCAUUAGUAAACUAGCUGAAAGAUACAGAAAGAACACGGGGCAGAUUUUGCUCAAGAGCCUAGUCGACAGGGAUAUAGUGGUGAUUCCGAUGUCGACCAAUCCUGACCGACUUACUGCCAACUUACAGGUGUAUGACUUCGAAUUCAGCGAAGAAGACCUGAAAAGCAUUGCUGGUUUAGAUGAUGGGAUACGCCGAUUUGGACGUGUAAAAAGCAAAGAUCAUCCAGAUUACCCCUUCAACUUACCUUUUUGA